GAAGAGUACCUGUUCAGGUGGACCAGGACGACUCGUUAGAAGAACCAUCAUGGCACUCCAAUGGGUGAAGCCGUGGAUCGCUCUGCUCUUCGGACUAUCUGCUGCACAUUCUGAGACUGUUAUGAUUCCAGACAUGACUUCCAUUGGGAGUCUAUAUGAUUCCAAACUGCAAAUCGUAUCAGCAGGAGUGAGUCCCACUCAUAACGGGCAGGUCUGCAGCACAUGGGGUAACUACCACUACAAAACCUACGAUGGAGACCUCUUCCAGCUGCCCUACACCUGUAACUACGUGCUGUCGUCAUUGUGUAAGAGCAGCAGCGGCUACGAGGCCUUUAACAUUCAGCUGCAGCGCGGGGAGGUAGAUGGGCUGCCCACCAUCACCAAGGUUUCUUUGAAGCUGGAUGGAACCUUCGUGGAGCUGGCCAACGGUAACGUCAGCGUCAACGGAUUACAGGUCACCAUACCGUUUGGUCAGUUUAACGUCUUCAUUGAGAGGACCGUUUCCUAUGUGAAGAUCACAGCUAAGCUGGGGUUAGUCAUCAUGUGGAAUGAAGAUGAUUCCCUCUGGGUGGAGCUGGACUCAAAGUUCCAGAAUCAGACAUGUGGGCUGUGUGGAGACUUCAACGGAGUCCAGAACGAGUUCAAUAGGAAUGAUGAUGAUCUGAAGAUAAUCGACUAUGCUGAUAUUUGGAAGAUGAAUGGCCCAACAGAAACCUGUACAGAAAUCCCUGUUCACACUGAGCAGUGUGAAGACCAGACCAAACUUUGUGAACAGCUUCUCACCAGUCUUGCCUUCAGUAGCUGUAAGGACCUGAUUGCCACAGACUCCUUCAUCAAGGCCUGUGCAGAAGACAUGUGUCACUGUGGCAACAGCAGCAGCAGUGUCACCUGCGCCUGUCCCACCAUGUCAGAGUACCCCCAGGAGUGGAAGACCGACCAGUUCUGCUUGGAGACGUGUCCUGUAAGCAUGCAGUACCAGGAGUGUGGUAGUCCCUGCACUGAUACCUGCUCCAACCCAAUGAGGAACCAGCAUUGUGAGGAACACUGCACCGACGGAUGCUUCUGCCCUGCUGGAACCGUGUUUGAUGACAUCACUCAGACUGGCUGUGUAGCUGUGAACCAGUGCUCUUGUCUCCACAACGGACAAUCUUACCAGCCUGGACAAUCAUUCUCAAGAACAUGCCACAAAUGUACCUGUAUCCAAGGCCAGUGGAGUUGUAUGGAUCUAGAUUGCCCUGCUACCUGCUCCAUAGUGGGAGGUUCCCACAUCACCACCUACGAUGGGAAUGCCUACACCUUCCAUGGAGACUGCUCAUAUGUCCUGUCCAAGCAAACCAACGAGACUGCUUUCACAGUCCUGGGUGACAUAGUGAAAUGUGGGAAGACGGACAUUGAGACCUGCCUAAGAUCUGUAACCCUGGUGACUCCAGAGUCCACGAUGAUCGUCAUCGAUGCCAGUGGAAGGGUCUUUGUCAACAAGAUGUUUUCUCAGAUGCCGCUUUUCAUGGCUGAUGUAAGGGUCUUUCAGCCCUCUACGUUCUACAUCGUUGUGCAUACCUCUUAUGGGCUCCGUCUAGAGGUCCAACUAACACCUAUAAUGCAGGUCUACAUCGUAGCUAGCAGUUCACAAAAAGAAAAAACCCAGGGUCUUUGUGGAGACUUUAACGGUGUCCAAGCUGGCGACUUCAGAACCAUCAAUGGACUCGUGGAAGGAACCGCUGUGACGUUCGCCAACACUUGGAAGACCAAAGCAAGCUGUCCUGAUGUGGCACAGAACUUUGAGAUCCCAUGCAGUCUGAGUGUAGAGAGCGAGAGAUAUGCCAAGCACUAGUGCUCAAUGUUCAAGAUGGUAAAGGGAAUAUUUUCCCAAUGCCACACUGAGAUCAACCCAAAUUACUACAAGGAAAUCUGUGUAUUUGACAGUUGUAACUGUGAGAAGGAGGAGUGCAUGUGUGCUGCGGUCUCUCAUACGUCCAUGCAUGUGCUGCUGCAGGCGUCCUGCUCAGUGGAUGGAGAAACACCACCUGUGUUUGGUGAGACUUGGUACAGUAACUGCCAAAAGUGCAUGUGUAAUGCUGACACACUGAGUGUCCAGUGUGAACCAGUGAAAUGUCCGCCCCAAGAUAUUGUUACCUGUAAGAAGUACGGUGAGGUGUUGGUCAACGAGACGGUGGACUGCUGUCAGAAAAAUACAUGUGUGCCCAAACCUGUUUGUGUCCACAACAAUACUGAAUACACGCUUGGGGAGUUUUGGUCGCCCCCUAGUGACCGCUGUGUGAAGUAUGAAUGCACGAAGACAAACAACCAGUUCAUCGUUGUGGAAUCCAAAUUGGAAUGCCCAGUGUUCCGUCCAGAGGACUGUGUCCCUGGAACUGAGAAAACUGAUGCAAAUGGAUGUUGCACAACCUGCACUUUAAUCAGUCACUGUGAUGUGAAGAACACCACCACCUACCUUGAGGUGAAUAACUGCAGGUCCUCUGUGCCGGUGGAAAUCUCAGCCUGCGGGGGAUCCUGUGGAACAUCUUCUAUGUACUCUGCAGAGAAAAACACCCUGAUGCACUCCUGCUCCUGCUGUCAAGAGAUGUCUACCAGUGAGAGGAAGGUGGAGAUGGUCUGCCCUGGUGGGAAGAAGAUCACGCAGUCCUACAUUUACAUUGAUAAGUGUGGCUGCCAUGACUCUGAGAACAGGAAGAGUACCUGUUCAGGUGGACCAGGACGACUCGUUAGAAGAACCAUCAUGGCACUCCAAUGGGUGAAGCCGUGGAUCGCUCUGCUCUUCGGACUAUCUGCUGCACAUUCUGAGACUGUUAUGAUUCCAGACAUGACUUCCAUUGGGAGUCUAUAUGAUUCCAAACUGCAAAUCGUAUCAGCAGGAGUGAGUCCCACUCAUAACGGGCAGGUCUGCAGCACAUGGGGUAACUACCACUACAAAACCUACGAUGGAGACCUCUUCCAGCUGCCCUACACCUGUAACUACGUGCUGUCGUCAUUGUGUAAGAGCAGCAGCGGCUACGAGGCCUUUAACAUUCAGCUGCAGCGCGGGGAGGUAGAUGGGCUGCCCACCAUCACCAAGGUUUCUUUGAAGCUGGAUGGAACCUUCGUGGAGCUGGCCAACGGUAACGUCAGCGUCAACGGAUUACAGGUCACCAUACCGUUUGGUCAGUUUAACGUCUUCAUUGAGAGGACCGUUUCCUAUGUGAAGAUCACAGCUAAGCUGGGGUUAGUCAUCAUGUGGAAUGAAGAUGAUUCCCUCUGGGUGGAGCUGGACUCAAAGUUCCAGAAUCAGACAUGUGGGCUGUGUGGAGACUUCAACGGAGUCCAGAACGAGUUCAAUAGGAAUGAUGAUGAUCUGAAGAUAAUCGACUAUGCUGAUAUUUGGAAGAUGAAUGGCCCAACAGAAACCUGUACAGAAAUCCCUGUUCACACUGAGCAGUGUGAAGACCAGACCAAACUUUGUGAACAGCUUCUCACCAGUCUUGCCUUCAGUAGCUGUAAGGACCUGAUUGCCACAGACUCCUUCAUCAAGGCCUGUGCAGAAGACAUGUGUCACUGUGGCAACAGCAGCAGCAGUGUCACCUGCGCCUGUCCCACCAUGUCAGAGUACUCCCGCCAGUGUGCUCACGCAGGGGGGAAACCCCAGGAGUGGAAGACCGACCAGUUCUGCUUGGAGACGUGUCCUGUAAGCAUGCAGUACCAGGAGUGUGGUAGUCCCUGCACUGAUACCUGCUCCAACCCAAUGAGGAACCAGCAUUGUGAGGAACACUGCACCGACGGAUGCUUCUGCCCUGCUGGAACCGUGUUUGAUGACAUCACUCAGACUGGCUGUGUAGCUGUGAACCAGUGCUCUUGUCUCCACAACGGACAAUCUUACCAGCCUGGACAAUCAUUCUCAAGAACAUGCCACAAAUGUACCUGUAUCCAAGGCCAGUGGAGUUGUAUGGAUCUAGAUUGCCCUGCUACCUGCUCCAUAGUGGGAGGUUCCCACAUCACCACCUACGAUGGGAAUGCCUACACCUUCCAUGGAGACUGCUCAUAUGUCCUGUCCAAGCAAACCAACGAGACUGCUUUCACAGUCCUGGGUGACAUAGUGAAAUGUGGGAAGACGGACAUUGAGACCUGCCUAAGAUCUGUAACCCUGGUGACUCCAGAGUCCACGAUGAUCGUCAUCGAUGCCAGUGGAAGGGUCUUUGUCAACAAGAUGUUUUCUCAGAUGCCGCUUUUCAUGGCUGAUGUAAGGGUCUUUCAGCCCUCUACGUUCUACAUCGUUGUGCAUACCUCUUAUGGGCUCCGUCUAGAGGUCCAACUAACACCUAUAAUGCAGGUCUACAUCGUAGCUAGCAGUUCACAAAAAGAAAAAACCCAGGGUCUUUGUGGAGACUUUAACGGUGUCCAAGCUGACGACUUCAGAACCAUCAAUGGACUCGUGGAAGGAACCGCUGUGACGUUCGCCAACACUUGGAAGACCAAAGCAAGCUGUCCUGAUGUGGCACAGAACUUUGAGAUCCCAUGCAGUCUGAGUGUAGAGAACGAGAGAUAUGCCAAGCACUGGUGCUCAAUGCUGUCAGAUAGUAAAGGAAUAUUUUCCCAAUGCCACACUGAGAUCAACCCAAAUUACUACAAGGAAAUCUGUGUAUUUGACAGUUGUAACUGUGAGAGGAGUGAGGAGUGCAUGUGUGCUGCGGUCUCCUCAUACGUCCAUGCAUGUGCUGCUGCAGGCGUCCUGCUCAGUGGAUGGAGAAACACCACCUGUGGGAAAUACUCCUCCAGCUGCCCUGACACGAUGGUCUAUGACUACACCAUGACCAGCUGUGACCGCACCUGUCGUUCACUGAGCCAGACAGACUUCACCUGCCAGUUAGACCAUGUGUCUGUGGACGGCUGUGGCUGUGCCGAGGGAACCUACCUGAACGACCAGGGAGAGUGUGUCCCUGCCUCUCGCUGCUCCUGCUACAAUGGAGGCACAGUAGUACCCCCUGGAGAGGUCACCAGGAUCUAUGGGGCUACAUGCUCUUGCAGACAAGGGAAAUUAAGCUGUACUGGAGAACAACAACAUUUAUCCUGUGAAGAACCAAUGGGUUUCUUCAACUGUUCUAGUGCAGGGCCCGGAGCCAAGGGCUCAGAGUGCCAGAAGAGCUGUCAAACACUAGACAGUCACUGUAUCAGUGCAGAGUGUGUGUCAGGCUGUGUAUGUCCUGAUGGUCUGCUGUCUGAUGGAAAUGGAGGAUGCAUCAAGGAAGACCUAUGUCCCUGUUCUCACAAUGGAGUCUACUACCAACCUGGACAUGUGCUCAAAGUAGACUGCAAUACCUGCACUUGCGAAGGCAGAAAAUGGCAGUGUACCGAUAAGCAGUGUGAUGGGAUGUGUGCCAUAUAUGGAGAUGGGCAUUUCAUCACUUUUGAUGAGAAAAGGUUCACUUUCAAUGGAGAUUGUGAAUACAUACUUACUCAGGACUACUGCAGCAACAAUCCAAAAGGUACCUUUAGAGUGAUCACAGAGAACAUUCCCUGUGGAACCACCGGCACCACCUGUUCCAAGGCCAUCAAGCUCUUCUUGGGGAGCAAUGAGAUCAUACUUGCAGAUGAAUCUGUAAAAGUGAUCAAACAAGAGAACGUGGUUGACGUACCAUACCAGGUCCACUCUAUCGGUCUCUAUGUUGUUGUUGAGGCUGAAAAUGGCCUGAUCCUCAUGUGGGACAAGAAGAAUAGCCUGUUCAUCAAACUCAGCUCUACCUUCCAGGGCCAAGUGUGUGGUCUGUGUGGUAACUAUGAUGGUAAUGGAAAGAACGACUUCACGUCCAGAAACCAGGAAGUGGUUGUUGAAGCUCUGGAGUUUGGGAACAGCUGGAAAGUGUCACCCAGUUGCCCCAACGCUGAUGUCAUAAAAAAUCCAUGCACUUUAAGAUCAUACAGGCAGUCCUGGUCUCUGAAACGCUGCAGCAUCAUCACCAGUAACGUUUUCUCAGCCUGCCACUCACAGGUGGACCCCACGCCAUUCCAUGAUGCCUGUGUGAGGGACUCGUGUGCCUGUGACACUGGGGGAGACUGCGAAUGUUUCUGUACAGCUGUAGCAGCCUACGCCCAGGCCUGUAACGAGGCAGGGGCUUGUAUCAAGUGGAGAACACCAGAUAUCUGCCCUCUGUUCUGUGAUUUCUACAACCCUAUUGGUGAGUGUGAGUGGCAUUAUAAUCCGUGUGGAUACCCCUGUAUGAAGACCUGCAAGAAUCCCUCAGGAACAUGCUCCAGUCAGAUCCCUGCACUGGAAGGUUGCUAUCCAAAAUGUCCUUCGGCCCAGCCUUAUUUGGAAGAAAGUACCAUGAAGUGUGUCAGUAAGAAGGACUGUGGUUGCUACGAUGGAGAUGGAACUCAUUACAACGAGGGAGAGGUUAUACCUUCCAAGGAGAACUGUCAGACAUGUCGUUGCUCAUCAACUGAGGUCAGAUGCAGCUAUGUGGUCCAAGCUUGUUAUUGUUUCUACAACGGCAGAACAUACCCUUAUGGAGCGACCAUAUAUCACACAUCUGACGGUGACGGGACCUGUAUUACUGCCACCUGCAAAGAGAAUGGAACUAUUGUCCGGAUUAUGAACCCCUGUCCCAGCACCCCAACUCCAACAACUACACCAAGUGUUACAACAACACAGAUAUCCACUCAAGCACCGACCACAUUUGUUUUCUCAACUCCUGCCACUACCCCAACAACAACAAGAACCCCUACCGCUACCCCCACAACAACCCUUACCACUACCCCCACAACAACCCCUACCACUACCCCUACAGCAACCCCUACCACCUCCACAAGCCCUUCCACUACGCCCUCAACAACCCCUACUUCACCAACACCCACUUCACCCACUACUACUCCACACUGCCUGACCAAGACUGUCUGUGAAUGGUCAGACUGGAUUAGCAAAUACUAUCCCUCUGUUGGACCAGAAGGAGGAGAUUUUGAAACCAUAGAAAAUAUAAGGAAAUCUGGAAUUAAUAUUUGUAGCAAACCUAAGGAAGUAGAAUGCAGAGCCAAAGACAACAUCUAUGUUCCUUUGGCCGAACUAGGUCAAAAUGUUGAAUGCAAUCCCUCAGUUGGACUGAUAUGCCACAACAAGGAUCAAGGCAUCCCACCAAUAUGCUACAACUACGAGAUCAGAGUCAGAUGUUGUGUUGAUGUUUGUAGCAAUGAGACAACUACCACCUUAGAAAGGCCCACAACAACCAUUACAACAUCAACAACUACCCCAACAACAACAACAACAACAGAAAGUCAAACAACAACUACCCCAACAACAACAACAACAACAGAAAAUCCAACAUCAACAACAACAACUUUGUCAACAAAAUAUUCCACAACAAGUGAAACAACAGAGGAAAUUACAACUGGUCCAGAACCAACAACAACCACAACAACUAUUACUCUGACAACAACCCCUUCUACUACCCCCACAACAACCCCGACAUCACCAACACCCACUUCACCCACUACUACUCCACACUGCCUGACCAAGACUGUCUGUGAAUGGUCAGACUGGAUUAGCAAAUACUAUCCCUCUGUUGGGCCAGAAGGAGGAGAUUUUGAAACCAUAGAAAAUAUAAGGAAAUCUGGUAUUGAUAUUUGUAGCAAACCUAAGGAAGUAGAAUGCAGAGCCAAAGACAACAUCUAUGUUCCUUUGGCCGAACUAGGUCAAAAUGUUGAAUGCAAUCCCUCAGUUGGACUGAUAUGCCGCAACAAGGAUCAAGGCAUCCCACCAAUAUGCUACAACUACGAGAUCAGAGUCAGAUGUUGUGUUGAUGUUUGUAGCAAUGAGACAACUACCACCUUAGAAAGGCCCACAACAACCAUUACAACAUCAACAACUACCCCAACAACAACAACAACAACAGAAAGUCAAACAACAACUACACCAACAACAACAACAACAACAGAAAGUCCAACAACAACAACAACAACAGAA